GUUAAAAAAAAAUUCAUUUCACAAAUAUGUCUUCGAUGGCUGAUACUGAGCCAGAUUUAAGUACAUUCGAAAAUAAAAGUGGUUUAGCUGAAGAUAUGAAAUUUUUAGCAUCUAUGCCAGAACUAUGUGAUGUAACAUUUCUUGUUGGUGAAACUAGAGAACCUGUAUGUGCAGUUAAAGCUGUUUUAGCAUCUAGAAGCAGAGUUUUCCACAAGUUAUUAUAUCAACAACCUAGUCCGCAAAGGAAGAAAGAACCACCCCCUCGUGAGAAUAAAUUAAGAUUGUUUUUAAAGCGAUCUUCCGAACCUUUAUUGAAUUUACAAAGCACAUCAACACAGCGAGGUUUUACACAACAAUUGGCUCCCAUUCAAGAGCCUUCUUCACAACAACAUCAAACGUUAAUAAUUGAAGAAUUCGAACCUGAUGUCUUUAGGCAGUUAAUUGAAUAUAUACAUACAGGAUGUGUUACAUUGCAGCCUAGAACAUUACUUGGUGUGAUGAAUGCAGCUGACUAUUACGGACUAGAUGAAUUACGACGGGCAUGUGCAGGAUUUGUGCAAUGUUGUAUAAAUGUGGAUACAGUUUGUGCAUUAUUAGCAUCAGCUGAACGUUAUAUACAAUACAAAUGUACAAAAUCAUUAGUACAAAAAGUAUUAGAAUUUGUUGAUGAACAUGGUAACGAAGUGUUAAAUUUAGGAUCAUUUACAUUAUUACCACAACAUGUAGUUCGGUUAAUAUUAGUACGUGAAGAGUUGCGUGCUGAUGAAUUUACAAAAUUUCAAGCAGCCUUAAUGUGGUCAAAAAAAUUUUGCGAUAACAAUCCAAAUACACCAUUAAAAGAUGUGAUUAGCAAUUUUUUGGAAUACAUACAAUUUCAUAAAAUACCAGCAAAUGUUUUAAUGCGCGAAAUUCAUCCAUUAGGGCUUGUCCCGUACAGCAUUAUUAUGAAUGCAUUAGCAUAUCAGGCUGAUCCAGCUAGUGUAGAUCCCGGAAAGCUAUCACCUAAUCGUGUCAGGCGUCACGCACAAGGAAGAAGUAUGAGUGUUCAAAGUUCGUUAGAUCCAUAUGGUUCAAAUACUACACUUAGUUCAACUGGUUCUAGUGGUGAACAUGCAUCUCCAUCAUCGGAGAACACAAAUACAAAACAUAGUUCUAAUUAAAAUUAUUAUCAUAGGAAAUAAAAUUUUGUAAUUGGAUAAUUUUUCGAUAAAAUCUCCGAAUUAAAAAUAUUCCGUAGAAUAUGGAUGGUCUUAAGAUUUUAAAGUAGUACUGUCGGGUUUAGAACUCAGGAUUAUAUUCACGAAGGUGCAUCUGCAUCUACACAAGUGUGGGUCAGAACAAUCAAAAAAUUCGAUGUUUUUGAUAACACACACAAAUUUAAUCCGAUUUUAUUGGAAUUAUUUUUGAAAACCACUAAUUUUGGGUUCUU